UAUUCUAGAUAAACGUUAUCAUUCAUUUUAUUAUCUCAGUAUAAUUUAGCAUGUUAUUGCAUUACCGACAUGAAACUAUUGAAGUUGUCCGCUCUUUUCGCUGUGCUGAUCGUUGCAACUCUAAUUUACCUGUGGACUAUUGAUCUCCAUCGAAUUGAUGAAAUCAUCGGCGAUUCGCAGAGUCUCGAUGAGGAUGAUCGCAUCGAAAGUGAAGUGCCUUCGUUGCCCGCGAAAUUCUGGGGCAAAAGCGAGAAGAAAUGGAUGAAAGCGUCGAGCAACUGCAUGCUGUUCGGAUCAGACCUGUCUCGCAUCAAAAUAAACAAUCGCAUCUGGCAAGUUUUCACGGAAUCCGCAGGGAAUUUUUACAUUUACGGCGCGUACCUCGAUGACAGAGAAGAACCAGCCAAGGUGCGUAUUUUGGGGAUGUUCGAUGGAAGUGAACCGAGCGCGAAUAAAUCUUGCCAAUUGUGGAAUGAGGAUGCAUCUCCCACGAUCGUGCCGGUAACUGAAAUUCAAUUAAUCUGGAGGAAAGAAUGGGCUUUCAAUAAUGGUCUUUACAAUCCAUAUUUAAUAUCCUGCAACGUUCCUCCGUCAUUCUCCAUCCCGAAAGUUGUGUCUCUCGUUGAGGAUACGUGCGAUCGAGCGACGAACAACUUGAAGGUGAUCUACAACAAAGAGAGCGGCAGGAAACAGUUCGGGGUUUGCGUUAAAGGUUUGGACUUCCCCGAUCCCGAUUUCUCUGUCAAGUUGAUUGAGUGGAUCGAGCUUUUGAGACUACUCGGUGCUGAUAAAGUGUUCGUGUACAAUCUUCACACUCAUCCUGCUGUCUCCAAAGUUUUGAAAUACUACGAGGCGAUGGGAAGGGUCGAAUCGACGGAUCUAACUCUUCCUGGAACGUUGCCAAACACUCCGUGGCUCCAACAUCUUUACCUGAGAAAAAAUAAAAGCAUGAAGCGUCUGAACGAGUUGAUCACUUACAACGACUGCCUCUACAGAAACAUGUAUAAGUACGAGUACUUGGCUUUGCUGGACGUGGAUGAGGUGAUAAUGCCUAAAUUCGACAAUAAUUGGUUUGAACUGAUUCAAUACCUGCAAACGACAUUGGAAUUCAAAAACGUUUCUUCCUUCGCCUUUGCCAACAUGUAUUAUUUCGAUAAUCUGCCUACCGACGAGGACGUUCCAAACUACAUGUACUUUUUACGUCAUACGCGAAGAUCCAAAAAUCCUUCUCCACUUGGAAGCAACAUCAAGUGCUUCGUCUCAACGGAUCGUGUGGUUGCCCUGCAUAACCACUACCCCAUAGCUUGUCUAGGAAAAUGCAACAACUUAAACGUCGAUCCAGAACUAGCUCAGCUUAAUCACUAUAGGAGCGACUGCGUGCACGAGAGCCCAGAAAAGUGCAAAGAAUAUAAGUUAAACGUGAUUGAAGACAAAACCAUAGUUAAAUUCAGUAACAAAUUAAUCGAAUCAGUGAAAAAGGCGUUAGCAAACUUUAAAAACAUUAAAUGA